UAAUGCAAUGCACCCCUUACAUGUGCUAGGGUAAGAGGUGCUGGGGCCGCCUCGUGAGGGUGUCAGUCCUCAGUAGUGGGUCUUCCCGGUCAUCAGUCGAUGUAGGAAAUGGUAAUGUGUAAUUCUUACGAGACCGAGACCUGAAGUAUAAGUGAGGGAGGGAGAAACUAGUGUGGUAAAAACAAGUUUGUUCACGAAGUAGGAUAACUGAAGUGUAUCCAGUACCGUGCUGCGCUACCUUCCCUGCUUCUCCGAGGCUCCUUGCCGCUAAUGAAAAGCGAGAGGGAGGACAAUGGUUCAUCGCAACCCACCGUGGCUGCAGAAGAGGCAGGCAGCCGGGGCUCCGCGGACGCGCCCCCCGUGCACCCGUCGCCGCCGCCCGGACAAAGCCCCUCGAUGCUGAGCCCGCGCGCUGCUGCCUUCAGUGUGGAGGCGCUGCUCACGGCUCAAGAAGAGACUGAAGAGGCUAAGGCGCCGCCAGCUGCUAAGACAAAAAACAGUGAAGAUGCUGCGGCGGAUGAAGUUUCAGAAGUAAAGAUGGAGCCACAGUCUGCAGCGGAAGGCGCAGCUACACCCAACCAACUCCAGGACGGCGCCACGCGAAGUGUAAAUAGUCCAACCGAUGAUGCUGGAAGUGGCCGAGACUCAACGCCUCACACCAGUGACGAGAACACAGACGACGAGGUGGACGUCGAAGACUGCAGCACUCCCGUCCCCCACCCUUGUGCCUCUCCUGCCCCUGAAAGAUGUCGAACGCCCCUGCGUGGACCCUCCGGUAGCCCCGUGUGUGUGUUGCCUUCCCAGCGCUACCCAACUGAGCCUUUCUCGCCGGCGCCGCCUCCAGGUGCGACAGAAUGGCAGAUGUUGACGCAAAUGAACCUGCGGUGGGCGGAGCAGGAGGGGCCGGAGAACCGGUGCGAGGGCGUGGGUAUUCAGCUGCUGCAGCGAGACCUGUGGACCAAGUUCCACAGUCUUACCACAGAGAUGAUCAUCACCAAGAACGGAAGGCGGAUGUUCCCCGUGGUGAAGGUCCGCCUCCGCGGCCUGGACCCUGAGAAAACCUACGCCGUCUUCCUGGACAUGGCGGCCGUUGACACGCGCCGCUACCGCUACGUUUACCCCAGCUCGAGGUGGAUGGUGGCGGGCACGGGGGAGCCGCUGGGGGAGCAGACGCCCUACAUCCACCCGGACUCGCCUGCCACCGGAGUGCAGUGGAUGGCCACGCCCGCCAUCGCCUUCGACAGACUCAAGCUCACCAACAACAGGACGCGGGAGGCUCAAGGACAGAUCGUCCUCCACUCCAUGCAGAAGUACGUGCCGCGGGUUUGGGUUCAGGAGGUGCGGGCGGGGGCCACUUGGGCGGAGCUGCCGCGACUCCUGAACACCUCCGUCGCCUUCUGCACCUCCUUCCCCGAGACGUCCUUCAUCACCGUCACGGCGUACCAGAACCAGCAGAUCACGAGACUCAAGAUCGAGAGUAACCCAUUCGCCAAAGGCUUCAGGGACACUUCCAAACAAAAGGAGAUGGAGCGGUGUAGUGUGACGACCGUGCGAGGGCGUGAGAGCAGCGCCACGCCGCCCUCGCCCGUCGUGCUGCCCUUGGGACUGUCCCCUCCCCAGCAGUUCCACUUUGGGGCUCCCUUUCCCGGUAUUCCCCGCCAGUUCACCCUCCCCGGCCCACUGUCUCCCCCGGUGUCGCCCCUCCUCUUGCCUCCCACACACUGGCUGGGGACUCUAAAAGCUGGAGAGCCCCCUUGGUUGCAGUCCCCCACCAGUCCCCUCCUUCAGUCCCCCCCGCCGUCCUCCCUACCUUUCCUACUUCCCUCCUUCUUCCCCGCCCUCCACACGCAGCUUCCACGCGCCCUUGACCUUUCCAAGCCCAAGGAUGACACGUGAGGCCCUUCCCAGCAGCGCCUUGUACGCCUGGUCUUCUUUACUCUGUACAAAUUUUGUGGCAAAUGGAAUUGUUUUCUUUGUU